AUGGCGUCACGAUCAACGAUGCGACGGCUGGGCGGCCGGGCCACGGCCACCUGCGCCACACAGUGUACCGUCUCCGGUGCAGCCCGACCCAGCAGCCUCCUCUACGCCUCCCCCCUUCCGUCGAUGGCAAGGCGGGACCUGGCGACCGCGACACCGGCACAGACCCCGGUCGAGGGCCUCGAGAAGUUCGUGUCCAAGUACCAACGGCAGACGUUCGAUCUCGACGCGCCCCACCACGACGGAAGCGCUUCAUCGGUGGUCGAGGGCCUCCUGCGUCGCGCGCUGCCCACCGCCCUCGCCGGCGGCGCCGAGGCCCGGGAGGACCCGAUGAAGGUCGCGCUGCGGCUGGUGGAGAAGGAGGUCAAGAGCCUCAACGGCAGCAUCCAGCAGCAGAUCGAGGCCGUCACGGAGCGGCCGCUGCUGGCCAAGGUGGCCAGCUACUUCUUCAAGCUGCAGGGCAAGCGCAUCCGACCCGUGCUCGUGCUCCUCACCGCCAAGGCCAUCGCCGUCCACCUCAACCCGGCCCUCGGCGCGGGCCUCACCCCCGAGAACGCCGACGUGCCCGUGUCUGACCGGCAGUUCAGCUUGGCGGAGAUCAUGGAGAUGAUUCACACGGCGUCGCUGAUGCACGACGACAUCAUCGACCAGGCAGAGACGCGCAGGGGCAUGCCGGCGGCGCACAAGGUGUGGGACAGCAAAAAGGCCGUACUCGCCGGUGAUUUCCUCCUCGCCCGAGCCUCCGUCAAGAUCGCACGCCUCAGGGAACAUGAGGUGACAGAGCUUUUGUCAACCAUGAUCGCUGAUCUGGUGGAGGGCGAGUUCUUCCAGAUGCGCACCAAUGUGGAAAAGGAGGGCAAGGAGAUGACACAGUUCGACUACUACAUGCGGAAAACGUACCUCAAGACCGCCUCGCUGCUCGAAAAGUGCUGCAGCUGCGCCGCCAUAUUGGGCGAGGCCGACAGGGCCACUAUCAACAUCGCCAAGGCCUACGGCGCCCACCUCGGCUACGCCUUCCAGCUGGUGGACGACAUGCUGGACUUCACCGGAACGUCUUCGGAUCUGGGCAAGCCCGCAGCAGUCGAUCUCUCGCUCGGCCUGGCCACCGCUCCUGUGCUGUUCGCCAUGGAGGAGUUCGGCGAGCUGCGCGCGCUGGUGGAGCGUGGGUUCAAGGAGGAGGGCGACGUGGAGAAGGCCUUCUCUCUCGUCCAGCGCUCGCAGGGCAUCGCCCGCACACACGCUCUCGCCCACGCGGGCGUCGACACACAACAACCACAACACAGGGAGCACUGUGCCAAGGCGGUGGAGACGAUCGGCCAGUUGGCGCCCUCGCCAUACCGGGACGCCUUGGCCAGGCUCACGGAAAAGGUCCUGUCUCGCUCCAGCUAA